ACUCUUGCAUUUGCAGGUCUCUUAACGAACUCCUGACCUGGACUAUUUCAAGUCGCCUGUGUCAUUAAAAAUUGAUAAUUGAAGAGUUUCGAAGUGGAGUUAGAAAAGCUACAGAGCUCCUGUGUCGCAAAGGAAUAAUUAUUUGACAGCAGCGUGAAAUCAAUACCGCUUUCAAGAUUGCCAUAAGUACUUUUGAGUGGCGUAAAAUAAAAUAACAGAAACAUGGAGAUGACAGAGAUGGAUAAAACAAGCCAAUCUAGUCGAGCAUCGACAGUCAAACAACGAAGCAGUGCAUGGAAACGUUUGCGUAAACGGAUGAGUCGUAAAGGUGUUGUCGAAGUGGAUAUAGAUCACCAUAGAUAUCAGAUGUUGGAGUGUAUUAGGAAGGGAAUACGAGAUACUUUAUUAGAGCAUUCAGAUCUAGGACCAAAGGAAGAUUUAAAGGAAGAGGAUUAUAGACACAUCGUAGCUCAGAAAAUUACAACGGAAGAUGGAAAGGAGUUUAUGUUUGAAAGUUAUGCCAGUUCAGUGUUUGCAGCUGUUCGUCAAGCCAUAAACCUAAGUGAAGAGAAUUAUUUGAAUUCAGUGGCUCCUCCUAUGUUACCUUAUUUGGAAUUUGUGAGCAAUUCAAAGAGUGGACAGGAUUUCUAUCUAACGAACGAUAUGCAGUAUAUAUUUAAAACAGAUAAAAAAUACUGGAUAGAUUAUUUUAUUUCCAUAUUAGGAGAUUAUUUGAAUCAUUUUUUAACAUAUCCACAUUCUUUGAUAGUAAAAUUUCUGGGUUUAUAUUCCAUUAAUCUACCUGGUAAUCAGAAGAAAUAUUUUCUAGUGAUGCAGAGUAUAUUCUAUCCAAGUCAUCGAAUUGAAGACAGAUUUGAUAUCAAAGGUUGUUUAGCUGGUCGAUAUCAAAAGCCCCGCCCUCCUGGAAGCACAAUUGUAACAGUUUAUAAAGAUCAAAAUUUUGUAGAUGAAUCUCUGAAUUUAGGUACACAAGGAGAAUGGUUUAUUGAACAGCUGAAAGCAGACACAUUAUUUAUGAAAGAACUGGGUGUACAAGACUAUAGUUUGUUGGUUGGACGACAGAUUCGACAUGUUGAUGAACAAAAAGAAACUUUAUCAAAUUUAAUCUCAAGGAUGCAGAAGUCCAAUAUCAUAUCUCAGUCACCAACCCACAACACAUCUCAGUCUAGCGAGGACAAACCUGAUGAUGAUACUGAUGGUCCAGAACAGCCUAAUAAAACACCAACAGAAGAAAACAAAUCUCAAAGAGUUAUAACAUUUCCAAAAUCACUGGUAGAUAAAGUCUACCUAGACCAGAUUGAAAUGUCCAAUAGAAGAUUGCUGCCAAAUUGUAAAAAUGGAUUACAUAUAAUUGACGGCCCAGAUCACCGUUAUUUUUUAGGAAUCAUUGACUUUUUUACCCUCUACGAAUAUCGACAGAAAUGUGGACGCAUAAUGAAAAGUAUCAAAUUUGGAUGCCGUGAUCAUUCUACAGUUCCCCCAGAUGUUUAUGCCGACAGAUUUCUAAAAUUUAUCACAGAAAGAGUGAAAUGAUUUAGUAAUUGCAUUAAAUUUUGGAUCAUUUAUUAUUUAUAUUUCGAAGAAAGUAGGGGACUAUUAAAAUGGGUCUGUCUGUCUGUCUGUCCAUCACACUUUUUGGGACACAAUAACUCUCAUUUUAAUUGAGCUAGUAUGUUCACACUUGGCGUAGGUGUUUAUUAGGUCAGUGCCUUGAUGGAGUUCGAAGAUGAGAAUUUUCUGCUUAGGGUAAGCAGAGAUAAGCAAUUUGAUUGGUUGAUGCUUUGGGACACGAUAACUUUAGUUCCAAUUAAGUGAGAGUGAGGACACUUGGUGUAUAGUUUUAUCACAUCAAUACGUUGACCAAGUUCAAGAAUGAGCAUUUUCCCUUCAGAGCGAUAAGUAAUUUCAUUGGUCGAUGAUUUGGGACAAGAUAACUGUGAUUCUAUCUGAUAGAGAGUGAUAAAACUUAGUGUAUAGUUGAUAAUCAGUUUGAUUGCUUGAUACUUUUUAAAAAAAUAAAUGUGCGAUUAUUUAAUAUGUGUCAUCUCUUUAUUUUGGGAUUUCAGUGGGGGACAUCAGUCUCACUGUUGGCUUGUUUUCAUUCUUUUAUAUUUAGUAUACAUAGAGUCUGUCAAUAUCAAAAUAAUUCUGUAUUCACCCUAGUUUCAUAUUAGUAAGAUAUAUAACUGAUAUUAAUCUCAGAUAGCUAUUAUAUUGUAAACUAGAGUUGUUCCCCUUCUGAUAGAUGCAUUUAAGGGGUGAGGCUGCCCAAAAAUGUUUUCUGGAAUAUUAAAGCUAUCGAAUUGAAAAUUACAUGAGUAGUUAGGAAAUGUAAUGAAAAAGGGAAAACUAACAUCAAAAAAAAUAAAAUGGUUGCCAGGGCAACAAAUAUUGGCACUAAUAAUGAUAAAUAUCUCAUUUUAGGACUGCAUAUUCUUUAAUAAUAACCCUAAAACCAGACAAAGAGUUUUUAUCUUUCAUUUUUAUAGGUUCUUGGAAAAUGGUGUUUAAAUCAUUUGCCUCGCCACAAUAUUUUGUCUAUGGAGAGAUAUUUUUAUAACUUUUGAAAUAUUAAUGAUAAUUCAAAUUACUUUCGGUCUGAUUCUGUGGUACCAUUUUCAAUUCAAUAGCUUUAAAAUUUCAGAACAAAACUUUUUGGGUAGCCUUCCCCCUUAAUAUAGAAAUAGUUCUUGUUUUGCAUUCCUUUAGUUUAUUUUUAACAUAAGAAUUGAUUGUGGAAUGUAAUCAUUGUUAAUAACAUAUGCUAUGAAAACUUUUUUAAAAAUUCAAAGGAAUGAUAUCUUUAACCAUGGUAAACUCAUAAAGACACAUUUUUGUAGUGUUUUUAGUUGAAAUUCUAUGCUGUUUAUGAAAACUUCAUGUUCUGUUAAAAGGGACUAUCUGUAGGCAUACAUAUAAUAAUAUGAACACUUACAUAGUGCUAAUACCAGACUUUUAGAAUGCUUUUUGAACUUUCUAAAGACAAUUUUAAAUUAUAUGUACCGUUCGAAAAGGUAUGUUUUAAGUAUUUAUUACUGAUAACCUUGUCUGCAUUCUUGCCAAAAAUUACUUUAUUUGCUUUGUGCAAGUACCCAUUAAGUAAAUGUUUAUAUUUGUGAUAUUUUUUUUUCUACUUUAUCUUAUAAAUUAUUUUUGUUUUUACAUUAUGAAAACUGCCUCAUGUUUUUUUUUAUUUCUUUACAAAAGUCAGUGAAAUGGGUCGAUUGUCAUAUUUUUAGUUUGUGACACAAAGGUUGAGGCACACUUACUUUAUUGAAAUGUGGUUUCAAAUUUUAGUAUCAACUUGAGGAGCAGAUUUUUUUAAAUUGAGACGUGCAAGAGGCGCACAGUGUGUACCUCUCCUGUCCAACCUGUCAAUUCAAAAAUUAAUAUACUGGUAUUUACUUUUCAUGCUCAAUAAGCUAGUUUACCACUUUCUGAUGGAUGCUAAGAUACAUUUGAAGAGUCCAGGGGAAGAACGAUCUAAGUCACAUUUUUUUCUUUUCGCAUAAAAGGCAAAACAGAAUUUUGGACGAGAAUGCUUGACGCGAAAUGAACAACGAGUGGGUUUAAUUACAACUUCAAAAUGAUGUUUAAUACAAAUCAUAAUUAUUAGUACAACAUCUGUCUUCCACUAUUCAGCAGCAUUAAGGUCAAAUAAAGGGUACGAUGGACGUAUUUGUCCAGGAGGCCAUUUCAGAAGGGCCUUGGCUCGAUGUGACUCCGAUCAUUUUUACCUGAAAUUUCUUGUUCCACAGAAAGCUUAUACAAUUUGCUACCAGAUGGCGCCAUUAACUGGGGUUCGUUGAAAAAGUGACAUAGAUCGUUCUUCCCUGGGGCUCUUCAUUUACUUCUGUUGAUUGUGAUCUUUUUACAGGGCAUACUCCAAAUCAUGUAUUUUGCUGGGAAUUUUAGAAAGAAACAAACCCACAUACCCAAUCCCCUUCUGGGAAUUACUGGCACUACCACUAUUAAUAUAUGUUUACUGAUUGUCAAAUAUUUUAAUUGUAAAAUGUUAAUCUUUACAAGCAUUAAAAUUGCAAUCAGGAAAUUUGACUCUAGUUUUACAACCUCAUGCAUAGAGUCUGCUCAACAUUUCCCACCAAUUUCUAGCGUUACUAUAUUUACAUAAAUCAAACGUCUUUUCUUGUGAUAUACCUAAAAUCAAAUAAGUAGGCUACCUCUUUCAUAUUAAUCAAGCUUAGAUUCAUUCUACAAUAUAUUUAAGUAUUUAUUUUUGAUAUAAUAAUAGAAGUAGUGGUGGCUGUUUAAAUUAUGGGUUAUUUUUUGAGUAAUUUUACAACUAUGUAGUAAAAACACUCUGCAAACAUAGAUAUAGGUAUGUUAUUACAUUAUUUAUUAUGUAUGUAUUUAUUUGUAUUAAAUUAGGUUGAAUUAAGUUUAAUGAAAAUAUAUAUAUUUACAUAGCAUGAACUAUAAAAAAGUUGUUUAAAUAUAUUAUUGGAGCAUUGGAUGAAAUAAUAGUAUGUAAUAAUUUCCUUUAAUAUUCAUUCAUAAGAAUUUUUUUUUAAUUAUUGGGAUCUUUAUCUAGGCAAACUGUACCAACUAAUUGGCUACAGCCACCCAUACAGCAUACCAUUUAUUUGGGUACAGUCACCUGUACCAUCUAUAUGGGUACAGCCCACCUGUAUCAUCUACUUGGCUACAGAUCUGUAUGUACAAAGUGAUUAUGUGUUUGGACUUUCAACAUUUUUCACUAACAUUUAAAGUUGAGGCAUUUAACAUGGAAACUGCUUCUUAAAGAUAUAUAGUGGGACCGGCCGCUCAAUAUCUUAUCUUGUAUUUAUUUAUAAAAAAGACUCUGUCUUUGUAAAGAUGUCAUACUUGUUUGAUCUGGUCCCCAUAUAACUAUUUUAUAUUUUCUAUAUCACACACCUUUUAUAGUCUAUAAUCUACGGCACUUAAAUUUAGUAAUCUGAUAUUUAUUGUAUAUUCAAUUUAGAUAUGUUCCUUUGUUUUCAUAUAAAUGAUCUUAGAGCCAAUCUACAGCUGAUACUUUAUUCUACGAUUCAAGGUAGCAUUUUCAGAGAUAAGUUAUUGUAGAUGGCCUCGGCAGUGAAAAUGUAUAUUUACUUAAUUCUGUGAACAUAUAUUGUCGUCUUCAGCUUUGUACUGAAGGAUUUGCAUGAUGACUAUGAUUUUAGAGCUAACACAACUAAAUUUGCCGCUGGUGGGUCAAUAAUUUUUUUUACAAGCAUCACUACCGCAUAAGCUAAAUCUGCCUAUUGCAGGUCUUUCUUUAGGCCUGAAAUGUUGUAUAAACUAUUAUAUUACAAUUAGACAUUUAUUAACAUGACAAGACCAUAAUCAACUCUCAAUUUCAUCAGAUCUGAUGCUUCCGAUUUUCCUUAUAUUUGAAUCUGAUCUGCCGUUCAACAGCCAUUGAUGAUGGAUUAAAGAACUUAGUUUAUUAUUUGUCACAACAAUGACAAUCAAGGCUACAAUGUUAUUAAAAUAGUAUUUCUCGGCUUAGAGUGAUGUAAUUUGACUGAAAUUUUCAGCAUAUUCCUGUUACAUUAUCUAUUAUUUAACUAUUAUAGUGAGAACUGUCAGCUCUUUAUGUAAUCUACCAUAAUGUAUCUAUAAUCAAUAUUUUGCUAUUAGGGAAAUUUGAACAUUUUAGACUAACAUUUCUCUGAUUUGUCACAUUGGCACAUGGGGACAGCUCACUUUCCCCACAUCUAUUGUUUAGAGUCUGGGUCCACCAGGCCAUGACUAAUUAAUCAACAAAGGGAGUUUAAAGUAUAGUCUGUAACAAGUUUGUGACACUUCAACAAAAUGAUUUAAAUAAUAUUAAUGAAAAAGAUUACAUGUAAAAAAAAUACAUAUAAUAUGGAUUCUUAUAUUAUACCAUUUCCAGAAUUUUAAUAAUAUACAAAUUAAUACAUAUAUAAUAUAAUAAAUAUAUAAUAAGUACAAAUAUAUAAUAAAUAUAUAUAUAUGUUAAAUUAUAAUAAGUAAUACAUAGUAAGUGCAUAUAUUAAAAUAAAUAAAUAUAUUUUUAUAGUAUAAAUAUUUAUAAACAGUUUGAUAAACAUGACAAUUCACAGUCCAACAAAAUUCAUAACAGUGUUGAGGUAUUCAAUGGGUGUCCUGGGUGUAAAUUUAUUAGUAAACUGAUUUCACCAAUUUGCCCAUUCUACUGAUAGUGGGAAGUGUUCACCAGUAACAAUAAUUAGAGUGAGGAGUUUACACCAGUGAUACUAAUUAAUUAGAACAGACUAUAGUUCUACACCCACAGUCUAGUAACCUCCUAAUCCUUUAUCAAAACAAUCAAAUGUGGGGAAAGUGAGGUUAAACCUGGCACAUAUGUGAAUGAAUUUGUUAAAUAGUGUAUUAUUUAGGUAUAUUGUACAUACAUUGUUAUUUAUUUUAGAUAGAUUUAUUUAUUAACUUAUAUCAAAACUUUAUAAUUACAUCAAAAAAAUGUUUUUAUUUGGUUUAGCUGUCGACUUACUGAACAAAACUAAUUCGUUUGCGCCCAUAUGCAUCUGUCCCUCAGCAAUUCUUGUAAAUACCGUACAGUUUAAAGGGUUUUUAUACGCCCACAUUUUCAUGUGAACGUAUAUUGUCGUUGGUCCGGAUGUCCGUCCCUCCACAAUUGUUUGUGAACACUCUACAGGUCACAAUUUUUAUCUGAUUUCAAUGAAACUUGAAAUAUAGGUUUAUCACCCUAAGCUAAGAUCACGUUUUUAGCUUGUGAACACUGUAGAGGUCACAAUUUUCAUCUGAUUUUGAUGAAACUUGAAAUGCAUGUUUAUAACCCACAGAUCUCGGUUCCUUUCGAUAUUCGCGCAUAUCGGGCCAUAACUUCCUUGUACGAAAAAUCGCAUUUUUAGCUUGUGGACUCUAUAGAGGUCACAAUAUUUAUCCGAUUUAAAAAGCCGUUAGAAUAUAUCCCUGUUAUACCCCAAGGCUGGUUGAGUUCGAAUUUCGUAAAAAUCGGACCGAAAGUGACAGACAAAAUGGCCGCCAUUCGUUCGCAAAUAGUGUCAAAAUAUUGUGUAUCAGGGUUGUGGACUGUCUGGAGGUCACAAUUUUCAUCUGAUUUUGCUGAAACUUGAAAUGCAUGUUUAUAACCCAAAUAUCUUGGUUACUGUCGAUUUUCGUACAUAUCGAAUCAUAACUUCCUGAAUUAUGGUCCCUGAUUGUAUGAAAAAUCGCGUUUUUAGGUUGUGGUCCCUCUAGAGGUCAAAAUUAUUAUCCUAUUUAAAAAAACCCCAAUAGAAUAUAUCACGGUUACACGUAAGUUUGUCUGAGUUUGAAUUUCACGAAAAUCAGACCAAAACUGCCGGACAAAAUGGCGCCCUUCAUACGCAAAUAGUGUAAACAUCUGGUAUAUCAAAGUUGUGGACCCCUAGAGGUCACAAUUUUGAUCCGAUUUCGAUGAAACUUGAAAUACAUGUUUAUAACCCAAGGAUAUUGGUUCCUUUCGAUAUUUGGGCAUAUCGGGUCGUAACUUCCUGAAUUAUGGCCCUUCAUUGAACAAAAAGUCCCGUUUUUAGCUUGUGGUGAAUAUAUCACCAUUACACACGAAGAUCUUGGUUCCUUUUGAUAAUCACAGAUACCUGAACUUAACUUCCUGGAUUAUGGCCCCUGAUUGUUUGAAAAAUGGCAUAUUUAGCUUGCAGAUUCUCUAGAGGUCACAAUUUUUUUCUGACUUUAAAAACCGCUUAAACACAUCACCAUUCCACCAUAAUGAAGGUUGAAUUCAAAUUUCGGGAAAAUCGAAAUGAAACUGCCCGACAAAAUGGCGCUCUUUGUAUGCAAAUUGUGUAGUAGUGUGUAAUACAAAGAUUGUGGACCCUCUAGAUGAAACUUAAAACAUAACUUUAUAUCUCAAAGUUCUCAGUCCCUUUUGAUAUUUGCACAUUUCAGGCCAUAACUUUCUGGAUUAUUGCCCCUGAUUGUACAAAAAAUCACGUUUGUUUUUAGCUUGUUCUCUAUCCAUCUCUUACAAAAUGUGGGCAUAUCCUGCCUGGCAGCCGCUGGUUGUUUUGUUUUUUUUCAAACUUGCUGGGAUAAUUGAGAUAGUCCUAUGGAGGAACAAUAUAGCAAUUCAUAGUUGUGCAGUGCUUUAUAGGAGAGUUAGUGCCCCUGUCUUCGAAAUCUUGUAAAUACUCUCCCAAGUUAGAGCCUUCAAUAUAUCCCUCAAACUUACUAGGAUUGUUUGACUAGUAAGGAGGAAGCCUAUUGAAAUUCACACUUGCCCAUCAACUUUGUGGAUUGUUAUUGUCCCUGGAAACUUGAAAGCAUCCCUUCAGAGUGCUGGUGGUGAUAGUCUUUAUUACUGCCUAUUGUUGUGACAUGUGUUUCUACUGCUGCACGGGCAUCAUUAGACUUGAGAAUAAUAAUCUGGAAUUUUCAAAGGUAGUUCUUCAUUGAACUAACAUGAAAUCUAGUAAUUGAAAUCUAAUUUGAUUCAACUGUACACAUUAUUCAUGUGUUAGUUAUAAUUGAAAUCUAAUUUAAAUCACCAUUCCCGAUUCGUUCAUUUGUUGCUCAUUCCAUUGAUAUUGAAAGAUAAUUUUAAGGAAUUGGCAUACUGGGCCUGUGAUAACGGCACAAUAAACCUUUGAUAUUGAUUAAACAACCAAUUUCUCAAUUAUCAAAGCCUUUCAAAAAUACUUGGUAGAAUUUUCUGUGUCAAGGUUGAUUAAUAUGUCAGUCUGGAGACAACAAUCACAAUUUUCACAUUAAUCAUCAAGCCUUAUAAAGAAAUGUCUAUAAACCAAGAUGUAGUGGGGUAAACAACUGAAAAAUCAAACAAAGUUUAGUGUAAUUUCAAUUACACUAGUGUGAUGGGUUAGCUAUGUAAAACAAUUUCUCAGCCUGGCAACUUUGCUUCUAUGGUUAUGCUUGUGUUAUUUUCUAAACUUUCGUUUUCUUUCUCAGGGAAUUACUUUAUUUCAGUAAUUGAAACAAAGACCACGUUAAGGGCUUAAUGCAAAUCAUAUUUCCUGUUAACAUAUAGCUAAAAUAAAUGUUGAAUACUACAAAACUUGCUAAAACAAAAUCAGAAAUUAUAUGGUAAUUUGAGACUAAGAGAUUGUACACAAUGUGCGAAAUCAAACCAGAAAAUUUAAUUUCAAAGUCAAUGUGUAAAAAUGUCUCACUCAAGCUAUCGAGUCCAUAGAUUCUAUUUAAUGCGCCAGCCUGAACUCCCCCCCCCCCAAAAAAAAAAAUAAAAAAAUUGAUCAUCGCAUGUAUUUAGCUACUAGAACGUAGCUAAAAACGUUGAGAUGUACUGAUGUGCUUGUUUUUAUCUUCCAUUGGGUGUCUUUAGUUUCACCUGGCAAACUUUACUAAUAAUGCAUGUAAAAUCUUAAAAAUAAGUUAAUUUAUAAUACUAGAACUUAUUAAACAUACCCACCCCACUCUAGUGAAACAACUUUGAUUUAUCUGCAAAUAUUGUAAACAAAUAAAAUCAAGUAUGUGUUGUUUUUAUCAAAAUUGAUACGGACAUUCAUAAAUAUGGUGUAUUAUUCCUGCGCAGCUCAUAUCAGGUAAGUAUACUUUGAUUGGCUGUUGUAUACGACACCUCGCCUUCAUGGCGUCAAAUGUGUCCAAUUUAAAAGGCUAUCAUCGCUUCGAUUUAAAAAGACAUGAUUUGUACCCAGUGUCGGAUGGGAUUAUAUGCUUAAUUGUAGUUGAAUGUGCAGAAAUGUUAUAAAUAACCAUAAUCAGUCGUUGUUUUGAUGAAAAAUGUCAAAUUUGCUUAUUGAAGCCCGACGUGUUUCACAUCGGGUUUUGCCAGGUAAAACUAUAUAGCACCAUCUCUUAUCCCGAAACACGGAUGGUUUAGAGAUAGGUUUCUUAUCUAAGCAUGUAUUAUGUGUGCCAAAUUUAUCAAAGCAUGAAAUAUGUGCCAAAUUUAUCAAAGCAUGUAAACGUGCUGCAUAUCGACCAAAGCACGUAAUCAUGUGCCAAAUUGAUUGAAGCAUGAAAUCAUGUUACAUUCAGGCAAAUCAACUUGAACUAUACUAAUACGCAGGAGUAUCAUUGCUAGAUAAAAAUUGAAUGUGAAUAGUUUCUGCUUUUUACACUUAAUGUUUUUCCUGUCAUUAGACAGAAAUGUGACUGUACUGCAUUCCAGUUGUCGAGGCUUGAAUUGAAUUGCAAGGUUGUAUAUUUUGUUCUUGAUAUUUUGUAUAUUUUUACUUUAUUUAAUAUUUCAAUUACUUUUAUAUUUUAAAUAAAGACCUAUUCAAUUAUCAAUUAAUGUUAUGUUAUGUUCACUUGCUUAAAAUAUUACACUUUUAGUCAGUCGUUUGAGCAAAAAUUACAAUAUGUAAGUAAAGCCAAGGUUUUAAGGUGUGUUGGUUUAUCAUAUCGGCAAAGUUGACUUGAGUUUGAAUGUUUACUUUAUUAGCCAUUGAAUACAAAUUCUAUAUCAUAUUCCUUUAUAACAAUUAAAUUCUGUUACUAUUAAUUUCUUUUGGGUUAAAGAAUGCUAGCCAAUGUUUAAAAAAAUUUUUUAAAUCAUCACAAUACUUAUAUUUUUUGUAACUGGUUUAUUUCAUGUAUUUCUAUUAUAAUUAUACUACAAUGUUUAGGCGAUUAUAUACAUUUGAAAUGGUUUAUGACAAUUAGAAAUGUUUUUGUUGGGUUUUUUUUCUUGAAAUAAAAAUAUAUUAAUCUUGUU